UGCACCGGCUCAAGACACUGAAUAGCUUUCAUUCCAAGAAUGACGUGGAAUGAAGUGAUAACAUCCGUCGUCUGUAUUUUGUGCAUUCUACACGAAGGGAGUCGCGGAGCCCGAAGUUCUUAUCAAGUUUAUUCAAGAACAGACGGAAAACACAAAAUAGUGAAUUAUACUAUCUCAAAUGAGUUGACCGAGGAAUUAAUGCCGACGGAAAAAUGGAAAGACCAGGGUAAAGUUCUCACAGAUUAUCACGGUGAUUUGUCGAAAUUAUCAAAUCCAGAAGAAUGCGCACGGGAGUGUGAAAACGAAGAGACUCCAAGAAUAUGUUACUAUCACUGGACAGUAGAAUAUUAUCGCACCAUGGGCCGCGCUUGCAAAUUAUGUCAACCUUCGACCAACACCUCCCUGACCAAUGAUUGCCAGUGCAUCCUAGCAGAUGGUGUAGAAAUAGCAGGAAUCAUGGUCAUCAACAGAAUGUACCCUGGACCCUCCAUCCAGGUGUGUCUGGGAGAUCUUGUUGUCAUAGAUGUCAUCAAUCGUGCACACGGUAGUGGUCUCACCAUUCAUUUCCAUGGAAUUUAUCAGAAUGGUUAUCAAUACUACGAUGGAGUUCCCUUCGUCACACAAUGUCCAAUAUCAUUCGGUUCUACUUUCCGAUACAAAUGGCGUGCACAGAACUCUGGGACUCAUUUUUAUCAUGCCCACACCGGUCUUCACAAGUCAGGAGGUGUUGAAGGUGCUAUAGUAAUUCGCUCAACGAAGAACAUGGAAGUUAAUGCCAAAUAUUAUGACGAGGAUGGAUUCGAUAAUGUCAUUUUUAUCAGUGAUUGGUUUCACUCUGCUGCCAUGAACCACUGGCCAGGUACAGAUGUCAGAGAUGUGGGACAGGUGCCAGAUAAUUUACUCAUUAAUGGCAGGGGAAAGUGGUUUAAUUCCACAGCUAAUGAAACGACUGACACGCCACUGGCUGUCAUCAACGUAGAAUCCAAUCGUCGUUAUAGGUUUCGAAUGAUAAACGGCUUGAGCUGGACAUGUUCUAUUCAAAUGACAAUUCAAGAUCAUGAUAUGACAUUGAUUGCAACUGACGGUGAGGCCAUUAUUCCGAUUGCUGUUACUACUAUUAAUUCUUAUGCAGCUGAACGCUACGACUUCAUCCUUGACACCAGUGGAGAAGUCAAAUCGUAUUGGAUUCACGUCAGAGGAUUGGGCUUCUGCAAAGACAAAAAAAUUUCUCAAUAUGCAAUUCUUCGUUAUUCUGGGUCACAACAGGAAGAGCCACAAGGAGAGCAACCCACAUAUGAUAAACCUUUACCAUUUGGAGUGAUUUUCAAUGAAGGAGGAGAUGUCUGUGAAGAGUCAUGCGCUGGAAAGGUUUAUGCAAAGGAUCUACGAAGUGCAGAAGCUGUGAAUCAGCAGAUCAUACAGAAAAAUGCUGAUGUAACUUUAUACAUUCCCUUCAAAAUCUACAAGUAUUCCGAUAAAGAGCUGUUCACACCUCAUACUUAUAAAAAUUUUGAAGUUCCACUGGGUUCCAGGGGUACUUAUGUCGCACUGCUCAGUAAUUUCUCGAAUGAAUUUCCAGCCUCUCCGUUUCUCACGCAAAGACAUGACGUUCCCGCCGGAAAAAUUUGCAGAGGCGACGAACUCUCCGAAAUUUGCAAGAAUGAAAAACCUUGUUUUUGUUUUCAUCUACUGGACAUUCCGUUGAAUAGUAUCGUUGAAAUUAUAACGAUUGAUGAAGCGCCGGACAAGAUGGACCAUCCAUUUCAUCUCCAUGGUUAUGGUUUUCAUGUCAUGGGGCAAGGAACUUUCGAAUCUAUGGGAGUUUCAAGAGUAGAUAAAAGAAAGGCUAUGGAAUUGGACAGAAAAGGGUUGUUGAAACGUAAUUUUGAUCGUCCCCCAGUGAAAGAUACUUUAGUGACUCCCACCAACGGAUACGCUAUAAUCAGAUUUCUUGCAAAUAAUCCAGGGUACUGGCUGUAUCAUUGCCAUUUUCAGUCCCAUCAAUUGGUGGGAAUGGAACUAGUUUUUCACGUUGGAGAUGUUCAGGAUCUGCCCCCAAAACCCACCGGGUUUCCAACGUGUGGAGAUUUUACACCAAAUGUUUGGGAAAGUGAUUAAUAUUGAUACACAUUCAUAUUGCUCGACUAUCCGCAAUAUUGAAAUGUUGCAAUUACCAUUUUAUCAUCGUUACUAUUA